GUACCACGAUGAGCAGUCCAAUAGUUACAUUUCAGCAAUCGGUAUCUUCCUGCUUUACAAGAAAAGAAAGUUAUGCUAGUGAUUCUCUCGCUAAUUUGUUUAGUGUAUUCAACGAUAUAAACGCGAAUUACCUUCUAAACGGUUUGGACUUGAGAACUAAACCAUAUCUAGAAAGUACCAGUAGAGGAGCCUUCGAUCUAUUAAGUGUUCAACACGCUUUUGUUUGUUUCUGGGUGUAUAGAGAGAAGGAACCGGUGAAAGCCUACGAAGAACAACAAUCUCUGGCGCAGGAAUUCAUGCGUCAUUUCCAACUUCAAGGUAGCAGCUUCGAGCUAAAGUGUUUAUACCAGAUUUGCAGAGAUUUGCGGGUUUUAGCGAGACGUGCUGACGAGGAGUGCGUCAAUACACAAAGGAAGACCUUCGCGAUGGAUGAUUGCGCAAGGUUCCUCAACAAAGCAUUCACCGCCUGUAUACAGCAUAAAUCAUCAGGAAAAGAAUCAAAAAGAUGGGGUGUCUAUUACAUUAUUGGAUUAGUUUUCAAGACAUAUUUUGAAAUCAACACUCUGUCUCUAUGCAAAAACAUUCUCCGAGCUGUUGGUGCAAUGAAGGAUCUUAUGCCAUUGGAAGCCUAUCCGAAGGCACAUCAAGUAACCUUUAAAUAUUACACAGGUGUUUUGGCUUUUUUGGAUGAUAGAUUCGACAAGGCCAAUGAAGACCUUACCUUUGCUUUGCAAAAAUGCCCUGUACAAUCACGCAAAAAUCAAGCGUUGAUAUUAACACACCUCAUACCGUUGCGAUUAUUACAAGGAGACUUACCAUCGCAAGAUCUACUAGCUAGGUUUCCACACUUGGAGGAGCUUUAUAGGCCCUUCGUAGAAGCCCUCAAGGAUGGCAAUGUGAAACAUUUCGACGAGGCUCUCGUUAGGGGUGAAAAAAGAUUGGUCGAGAAUGGGACCUAUGGGAUUGUAGAGAGGGUGAGAGAACUGUGCCUUAGAGGUUUAUUCAAGAAAGUGUGGAGUCUCAACGGACAGCAAAAAAUAAUAGAGAUAACAAAAUUCAAGCGAGCUCUGAGCGUCUCCGGAGUAAACAUAGAUAAUGAAGAAGUCGAGUGUUUGCUAGCCGGUAUGAUAUUCAAAGGCUACAUGAAAGGCUAUAUCGCCCAUGCACAGCAGAAGGUCGUACUAAGCGAUGUACUCAACGGAAAAGCACAUCCAUUCCCUAACGUUAAAACUGUAAAUGUACAAUUCCCAUUUUAAAUUAUUUAUACGAGCAUUCCAACUUACACCGAAACUGUCACUGUCACCUUCAAGAAUGAGCUCAUUCUCUAUGAGUUCAAGAGAUAAUAUUAGCACACCACCGAGUUCGCCACCUUCAUUUCUACACAGCCCUCAUAAAUCUACGCAUCGCGGGAGUCAUGGCGUAGCUAGCAAUUACUAUACAACCUUACAGGCGACACAAUCCAUAAUAGAAUCCUCGAGAUAUCCUACAUUGGACGAUGAUAGAUUGGAGUUUCUCAAAUUAGAACAUUCAAACCUGGCUUAUAAAGUUAAACUACACACACAGAGGCUACUGACGGAGUUGAAAGUCAGGGACGCUAUGCAAGUCCUAGGAAAACUCGAUCAAUUGGACAUCACUCAGUCGUCCAAUAAGAUUGACGAAGUUGAGAAGAACUUGAGCCGACAGAGGAGCAGGCUAUUGGACGUACAGACUGAUUUAUUACACCACAAUGCAGGCAUUUUAGCGAAAUAUAUCAAUAAUCAAAAGUUACUCCAACCGCAAUCACAUCAUUCACAAUCACAUUUCGAUGGUAGACACUUUCACGCCAAUAACGAUAGAGCAAUUUUGCCAAGCAAUACAUCGGGCAGUGCAAAUAAGAAGUCACCUUUAUAUGAACAACGAAUACAGCACCUCACAACAGAACUGGACGGUGAAAGAGAACUGAAUCAAGCCACAUUAGCCGCCAACGAGUCGUUACAGGAACAAAUAGAGACGCUAAAGAGUCAGAUAUACGACGGUAAAAAUACCACCGCAGAGACUUCACAAGAACUCAUGUUAGCCUCCGAGAAACUCAACUCCGCAUUGAAAGAAACAUCAAAGUAUCAACAACUUCUUCAAGAAGCACAAUCUUCCAACAGUCGGCAGGUUGAACAUAGCAACAGCCUUCAAAAUCGUCUUCAAAGUUUGCUUGAAGAUUUCAGUCAGAUAGUAACCACUAGGGAUGGAAUCACCAGUUCAAUUGAGAAUCUAUGCAAUCUACUAGAUACAUACAAGAUAUCCUAUACCAAAUCAUCGCAAAACCCAUUAGAAACGUUUAAUUCUGCAAUAUCGUCUAUCGAAACCCAACUAAUGGUCGUAAAGGAACAUAGUGGAAUGAGUGAACAAAUGGAAUACCUUACUAAUGAGAAACAUGUCAUGAGGCAAAGAUUUGAAUACUAUGAAAAUCAAGUACAGCAACUUAGUGAUGUAGUCGCUAAUCAGAAAAUUGACACCGAAAAACAGAAGCAGGACUUCUCUAGUGUAAUUGGUGAGCAGAAAGAAAAAAUUGCUGCUUUGGAAGAGCAGCUUGGGGAGGCAAAUUUGCGUUCCAAGCAGCUCGAAUCAGAUUUAUCAUAUUAUAAAGACAACAAUGCAUCUUACGAACGCGAAUUGAAGCUCAAAGAAGAAAAUAAGCAUAACAGUGGAGUUUCAGAAUCCGAGGAGAAACUCUCCGUACAAACUUUGCGUGCACUUUGGAAAAUAUUGCCAACAUCCACCCAAAGGGAUGGCAACGAGCGUCUCAUUGAGUCGAAUUCAGCUACUUUAUCACAAGGUGAUGUCGACAAACUUAAGCAGGUUCUUAGCAGGUCGAAGGAGCGAACCUUUGAGCAUUUCGAUUUAAAGACAUUUGUACAACGUGUGAAGACUCUCAUAGAUGACAAUAGGUUGUUCCUCGAGCGUAUACUCAAUAAUGCGGAGACAGCCAACCUUUACAAGAGCAAUGCCGAGAAAGCUCAUAAACUCGCACUUGACUUCAAAACCGCCCUUGAGGCUUACAAGAGACAAGUCUUGGAUCUGCAGAACAAUUUAUCACAGGCAUCGAAACGUGAUGCAGAAAUUCGCAAAGAACGAGAAAGCCUUCGUGAAAAGAUCUCUGAAAUGGAGAGAAACUUGUCUAAGCAACAACAAGGCAGUGAACUCGACAAGCUUCGAAAGUCACUUGUCAACAGAGAUGAUGAAAUACAAGCAUUUAAGCAAUUGCAAAUGGAUAAAUCAUUGGGCAUGCUAGAUGAACUCAACAGUUUACAAAUAGAAGUGGCAGACUUACGCCAGAAAUUACGCCAGAAAGGCGCCUAGAAUGGAGAAUGACUUUUCACAUUCUCAAACACUCAUUAAGUUAUUAUACCACCGGCAUAUCAAUCAAUUAAUAAAUAUUUUUGUAUUAUCAAGG